AAAAAUAAAAUGGUGCUGUUCCUCCCUUAUUUCCUGAACAUCCACAAACUAUCAGGGGUUUAUUCUACAUACACACAGUUUGGCCACAGACACUCAUCAUAAUCUAACCUCCGUGUAGAGAAAAGGCUCUUGUUGUGCCACCUCAAUGAGAACUAUGAAAACUGAAAACACCAGUGGGGCAACAAGUACUAGGAACAUCCACGAAACGUCACUUUUUGCCACAGAUCUUAAGAGUUGUGGAGUUUCCGAGUGGCCCCUGAAGGCAUGAGGGCAGCUCAGCAGCGGCUCCUCCUGAGACCAAUGGGAGCCAACGCCCCUCUGUCAGUUCCUGAGCUCCACCCUCCCUCCUCGGGAAGAGAAAGCAGAGUUUCCACAGAGCUGCUGUGGCAGUGACUAAGAUCAACCAGGGCUUUACACCCGGACUUUUCAUCGGAGAAGUUGAUUCAUCGGACUGGGGAGAAAAAAAAAAAAAAAACAACAACGUUCAGCUAGCUUGAGCGGGAGCAGCAGCAGUCAACAACAACUGGGACUUUUGCUUUCGAGACGAAAGUUUUUAUACCAGAAGCUGUUCGUCGGUUGGCGAUAAGGCUCUUAAACGACACACUGCUGGUAUAAUAAGUUAGUUAUUAAAGAAUGGCUGAUACAAACGCGUCCAGUUCUGGUGCCAACUGCCUGGAGAAGCUGAAAAGUUACUUGAGGACCCAGAAAGGGUUUAUCCUCGCAGCAGAAAUAGUUCUCAGUUUAAUCGUCCUCAUCUGCUAUGCUGCAUCUACGUAUGGAGGCUACUCCGCUGUGGCCAUCUGUGAGAUGAUCUUCGCUAUUGUCUUCUUCGGGAUCUUCAUGAUGGAGUUGGACAAGCAGAUCCAAGUGGUCAACUGGGUCUGGAGUGAUCUUUUCCGUGCUGGUAUUGGUGCUGUACUUUACAUCAUCACUUCUCUGAUUUGUAUCAUCGGAGGGUCCCAGGAUGGCGCUCGUAUCGCAGGCGGGGUAUUUGGUUUGAUCGCUGGUCUGUUGUUUGCGUAUGAUACCUACGUCAUCUUCCUGCAAAUCAAGAGCACCAGGCAGCACACAGCAGCUUCCACCGAUGACAGAGUUUAAACACUCCAAGACACACGUACCUCUGUCAAGAAUGCAGCAGAAGAACAAAAAAGGACAUUUGUGCAGAAGUUAACAGAAGGGUGGAGCAGAGAGGACGAUGGACAGUAAAAUGAACAGGUCACAGUUUAAUCAAUGCCACUGUAUGGUGUGAAGAGAUUUGUUUUAGAGCCGCACCUGAGAGGAGGGUGACAUAGCCAAAGUGAGUGGUACUGUACAUCUGCGCCUGCGUGUCAUACUACACACAAUGAAACGCCCCCUCAGAAACGUUUAGUCCACCCUCGAUGUACCACUCAUUACAAAGGGAAAUCUGUAGAUAACCGGUAAUAUAAAACUUUGGUUGAUGUUGUAAAGUAGCUUGUCUAAUACACAUCGACUGUUAAUGCACUGCUGUAUUAAGUAGUAACUGUCAUUUGGACCGAAGAAGUAACUGACACAUGAAUGGGUGCUUUAGGAAUUGUUUAACAUCAUAAUUGUGCUCUUCUUGAGUUUAAUUUCUGUAUUGUCACUGAGGUUUCUCAGCGGUUUAAAGAUUUCCCUCUCUGUUAUUUAAUCAUUGAGCUUUAGAGUGCUUCCUGUGUGAUACAGUUCCUUUAAGUCUCAUUCACAGUAACCAGUUCCUUCAUCCUAUUCAUCUUUUAUUCCUGAAUCCUAAACAUUUCAAGGAGCCUUCUUUCAUUGAUCAGGAUCAUUAGGAUCUGUAGACAUCCAUUAAACAUCAACCACAUGUUCAUUAUUUGAGUUAGUGUCAUCCUCCACUUUUACCUGUCUACUUUGAUUCUUGCUCAGGUUGGUUUUUUUUCGUACAUUUGUAACACAUUGUUAAGGCGCAGAAUGUUUCUCUGCUGUCACUUUUUACAGUCCAGUAGUAAAGUCCAGUUUUAUUAUAAUAUUUUUUGAAUGCAUAUGGCAGAUCAAGAAAAAAAUAAUUUCUAAAGAAAAAUCACAGUUGAAAUUUUAUUAUAUGAAUAUCACAGUUUUAAUAUGUUGUGUAACUGUUCCUGGUGGUUAUUUGUCCAACUAAAACAUUGCCUUAUUUUAUUUUAUUUUUUUCUAACAGGCUUUACGAGUUUGUAAUUUCAAUAUUCAAAGCAGCCAUGCUUUGGGAAAUAAAAGCCAUUGUUACUGCAAAGAAAAUCUGUUUUGUGGCUUAAAUUGUACACUAAUCUCCCACACUGCACAAUCCUGGUGUUAAACAACAGCUUUACAGCAACAACUUCCUUUGCUUGCAUGUUUCUGGAUGUUUGGCCUAACUUGUCUUCUAUCAGAUUGCCACUAGAUGGAGGCAGACUGACAUUCAUUAAAUGAAAUGACUUGCUUGUUAAAAGCCCCUGCCUCAUCAGUUACUGGGGGAAUUAACAGUGAAAAAUAUCAACAUUGUUAUUAGGGCGUUGGCUUCAGUCUCUCAUCAGGCUGUUGGUUUUCAGAUUUGAUCAGGAAUUACUACGUUUUCACACAAUCCCUGCCAGGAUCUUCACUGACCUUGUGCUGCAGCAUCUCUGCUCUCUAAUCUCAUCUGAAAAAAUUAUCUCGCAGUUAUACACGCUGUUCCCCUCUAUUCAAUUUGAGAUUACAUUGCGUUUUAAAAAAAAUCCUCCCCUACUUUGUUUUCCGCCAUGGCGCUGCUGCCUUUCAUUUGCAAUAACCACUGUAUUACCCAUUUUAAGACCUACAGUGGAACCAUAAUCCUUUGUUUGGGGUCAUACUGACUGUCAUCAAACUAAUUCCCAUGUUGCUGCUGCUGAAGCAGCCCGGCUUCAGUAAUAACUCUCUCCCAAACAAAUUUGUAUUGCUUUGUUCCCUUGUCAACCUGUUUACUUAUUCAUUUAUUUAUUAUCUAUUUAUUCAUAAGUUUAAAAAAACUACCGUCGCCGACUCCUCCCAUGCUCAAUGUUUCCACGAUGAACCAGACUCUGCAUAUGGAUAAAUAAAGACUAAUUUUGGUAUGAAUCAAAAUAUGUAGGUCAGAUUUAUAAAGCAGUCAAUUGAGAGGGUUUUGUGUGUAGGCGGUAAACUUCCUUGUAGCCAAGGUGAAGUAAAAUCCAUAACUUUGGGUCAGUUUGCUGCUUGUGUUCAAGUCUGGGACAGGAGGUAAAGUUGAAGCUUCGUCAAGUUACAUAGGUCCUGUCAGGAUGGCUGUAAGCGACCGCACCUUCAAGAUAAAAGUGGAAACUGUUUCAGUUUGACUCAAAAGAGUUUGUUUGUGAAUAUGUUGCCUAAUAAAGUGGUGUUAUGUGUAUUUACUUAA